AUGCCGGAGAAUGACGACGACGACGACCGGCCGCCGCCGCCGCCGCCGCAUCCGGCGGCCAGGAGGUGCGCCGCGUGUCGGUACCUGCGGCGGAGAUGCGCCGACGACUGCGUCCUCGCGCCGUUCUUCCCGGCGUCCCGCCCCCACCGCUACUUCUGCGUCCACACCGUCUUCGGCGCCAGCAACGUCGCUAGGCUACUCCAGAGCUUGCCCAUGGCGGAGAGGGGGAACGCGGCGAACACGAUGGCGAUGGAGGCGUACUGGCGGGUGCAGGACCCGGUGUACGGGUGCACCGGGAUCAUCAACCGCCUGCAGGAUGAGAUCCGCGCCGUCCAGUGCGAGCUCGCCAGGACGCAGGCCCUGCUCGCCAUCGCCCUCGCCGCCGCCGCCUCCCAUUUGCCAUUAGAUCUUUCUGUUAUAGAUUUAUAA